AUGACGCUGGCGGUCGAGACGUCCUGCGACGACACGUCGGUCGCGGUGGUGGAGAAGGGCGUGCGCGGCGGCAGCACCGUUGCGCGGCUGCAUUUCCACAAGAAGGUCACGUCCAACAACACCGAGUUCCGCGGCGUGCACCCGCUGCUGACGCUCAAGUCGCACCAGGAGAACCUGGCGACCCUGGUGGGCGAGGCCAUUGCGCAUCUGCCGGCGCAUGGCGGCGCCCGUCGCCUGCCCGACUUCGUGUCGGUGACGCGGGGCCCUGGCAUGCGCGCGAACCUCAUGUGCGGCCUGGACACGGCCAAAGGCCUGGCCGCAGCCUGGCAGAUCCCGCUCGUCGGCGUCCACCACAUGCAGGCCCACGCCCUGACUCCCCGUCUCGUUGCCGCCCUCGACGCCUACGAUACCGCCCCCGACCCAGCACACCCCGCGCAGCCUCUCGCCGACGGCCAUGGCGACUUGACACCGACCUUCCCGCUCCUCUCCGUCCUGGCCUCGGGCGGCCACACCAUUCUCAUCAGCUCGACCGCCCUCACCGAGCAUGCCAUCCUCGGCAGCACCGACGACAUCGCCGUGGGAGAGUGCCUGGACAAGGUCGCUCGUGUUGUGCUCCCCGCCGACGAGCUCCAGCACGCGACAAGCACCAUGUACGGCGCCAUCCUCGAGACCUUUGCCUUCGGCCCCACGCACGACUCGACCCCGACCCGCGACCUGUCAGGCUUCACUGCGCAGACCUACCUCGCCCACCACACCGCCCAUGCCUGGUACACGCCGCCCGCCACCAACGAGAUCGCCCUCGCGCGCAGCAAGUCCAGCUGGGGCUGGACCAUCGCCCCGCCCCUGACCACCACCGGCGGCGGCUCCAAGAUCCACACCCUGGACAUGAGCUUUUCGGGCCUGAUGACCGCCGUGCAGCGCCUGGUGCGCUUCGCCACCGACCCGGCCACGGGCAAGCUGUCCACGCAGCCGCGCGACCCCGAGGACGUCACUCGCGACGAGCGCCGCGAUCUGGCACGUGGCGUCAUGCGCGCCGCCUUCGAGCACAUAUCCUCGCGCGUCGUGCGUGCGCUGCAGACCACCUCCCGCGAUGCAGAGACCCCCGCCGUCGUCGUCGCCGGCGGCGUCGCUUCGAACGCGUUCCUGCGCCACGUGCUAGCAAGCACGCUGUGUCUGCACGGCUUCGCCGACGUGCGGCUGUUCUUCCCGCCGCCCGCGUACUGCACCGACAACGCCGCCAUGAUUGGCUGGACGGGCAUCGAGAUGUUCGAGGCCGGGCAUGUGGAUUCGCUGGCUGUGCGCGCGAUACGCAAGUGGCCGCUCGACGAGCUGAUGGCGCCCGUGGUCGACGGGAAGAUGUGA